AUGUUGGAUGAUCCUCCUUUGAAGACCAAUGAUGCUCAUGAUGAUAGUGGUGCAAAUGAAGCUUCUCCAUCUGUAGCACCCAAUCCUAAUGAUGAUGAAGAUCUUUUCGAUGAGAUCAUUUUUGAAGAUGAUAACACAAUCAUUUUUGUCAUCGUACUUCGCACAUCUUUUAUUUUAUUGCAAAACCAUUCCUCCUCCAAAGCUCAAACCACCUUAGAAGAUGAUCAAGAAACUCCAACUCAUGAAGCUCAAAACGAUGACAUCAAGGAUAAAGAUUCCAAAGACAAUGAAGAUGAUGAUGAUAAGAAGUUAGAAAGCUCUACUUCGGAUAUAUGUUCCUCCAAUGAGAAAAUUGUUGAUCCAUUUUCUAUACUAUAA